AUGGCGGGGACAACCACUGCCGCGUAUACCGCAGAUGUUUGGACGUCGGCCGGCACUGUAGAUGGGAGCCAGAACCAGUGGGAUUAUGCCGUCCCAGUUAGACAGAGUAGUACCGUCCGUCGCACCAAGUCCCGAUCGUCACACGACUCUACCCAUGCUCGGUCGCGAGACCGUGCCUCCAGAGGGUCUCGCAGUUCAUCUCUAUCGAGACAUGCCUACGCACAUGACGCAGCACACCUAAAUUCUCGUGGCCGUCAUGAUGCGAACCUCAGCCGUCGCGGAAGCGAAGCCGGGAGCUUGCGAGGCGCGUAUGGACAUGAGAUGGUAACUCACAGUGUCGGGAAUAUCAGAGACUCGGCAGAUACACACAACGAGGGACCUCUAAAACGAGGGGAUAUGAGGGAGGGCAUUGGGUUGUAUUUGAAUGAGCUAGACAACGAGAAUUGGAUCCACCGGGACAAACUGGCGAAGAUCGAAAGUGAAGAGCUGCACCAGGCUACGAUCCUAUUCCACCGCCGAGGGGGAAUAGAGUCCAGUAGGCCUCAACGCGGGAGGAAUCACGAUUUGCACCACCCCGGCACCAGCGUGUCUUCUGUAACUACGCCGCCAACGACCGAGAACGGGGAUGAGCGCCAGAAUUGGGAUCUCCGAAGGCCCGAGGAGAUUGCCGCUGAUGACAAUGCAUCGAGCUUCUAUCAGAAUCCCGGGCUGCGUAAGAGCUCGUCCCGUAUCCCCAUCUCCACGGCGAGCCCGGCACCUAUUUCGCCCGAGCAGCUUGGUCGUGAAUUUCCAAUGCAACGCGCCCGCGGACUCACGAACGGAGAGGAGGAUGUGUUGACGAUCGGGAAACCGCGCAGAGCCAGUGAACCCAUUGUAGUGGAUUCGAUUGGAGAUUCGACGCCCCCGGGUGGGAGUAGACCGGGGAGCCGCGGUAUUCAGACCGGUCAGAAUGGCCCGUCCAAGAAGACAGCCACCAAAGGGAUGUCGGGAUCAGGACCUCGGAAAUCGUCUGCCCCUCCCGCGACGAGAAAAGCUACACCGAGAAGCCGUGCUACGUCCAACAAUCAGCGUCCUACAACACGAUCAGGCGACAACCGUCCAACACAGCCUGUCAAUCGACCUGAAGGUGAUCCUCCAUGGCUGGCGACCAUGUAUAAACCAGACCCGCGUCUUCCUCCGGACCAGCAAAUGCUUCCCACCCACGCACGAAAGUUGCAGCAGGAGCAAUGGGAAAAGGAGGGCAAAACGCCGACAACGUAUGAUCGCGAGUUUGCCCCGUUAGCCAUUGGCCCUGAUGGCAUGCGUCCUAUAGAAGACAAGCUCGAAAAGCAGGAAGAGCCGCAGCCGCAGCCGGAGCCGCAGCCGGAGCCGCCUGAACCAUUGAACCCUGAUGGCGCUCCAGAAGUCCCGCUGCCGUCCAAAAGCCCCGAACCGAAUACACGACCGGGGACGGGAUAUAGCACGAUGCCCAAGCUGCAGGAACCUCCAGCGGGAUUGACGCCUAAAUGGAGUGCGCCUGUUGUCACAGCGCAGGAACCACCCGAAAAGAAGGGUUGUGGAUGCUGCAUUGUGAUGUGA